AUGGAAGGAGUAUUGAUUGCAGUGCUACAUGAGAUGCAUAUCGCUGUAGAAAGCAACAUUUUGGCAGUGCCGCCUAGUAGCACAACCUGUGGAAGUUGGCUAAUUGUCAUGGAAGGAAUAUUGGCUUUUUAUGUACGUGCCAAGCACGCUAAGGUCCCAUCACAGGCAACUGGGAGGGAUCUAAGACUAAAGGGCGCUGCUGAGGUGGUUUUUGCCAGAAGAAGUGAUGCAUUCCAAGCACUUAAAAGAUAUAACAAUGUGAAGUUGGAUGGAGAGCCUAUGAAGAUUGAAAUAGCUGGUUCCAACCCAGAAGUUCCUUUGUCAGCUCGUGCUAGAGUUCUGAAGAUGGAUUGGCAUCUAUUUCAAUCUCUGUUUUCCUUUGUUGAUAGCUCUGGGAAGUUAUUUAAAUGCACCUGGGCACGGUCGUGGUCGAGGUCAGGUCAAGGUAGCAGUGGUAGGGCAAGCAACAAGGGUGCUAAGAAGUCAGCUGAGGAACUUGACAAGGAGCUGGAUAGCUACCAUGCCAGUGCUGAAGCCAUGCAGACUUAA